CAUUGCUUCACCCAUGGUUCAAUUGCUGUCACGAUCAAGUGUCCUGCCACCAUUACCUCAGAAGGGCCGCUCUGAUAAGAUCCUUGGCGGAUCACUGAUACCCUCAAAUGAAAUUCAAACGACCUGCAAAGAAUGGUCGCCAUUGUCGUUGAUAUACCGAUACAAUUCAACUACCCUCGAGGUUCGGGAUAUUCUUCUCCUACAACCCGUGUACGCGUUGUUGACCAUACACGAUUUGCCCACGCCAGACAGGCACCGGCUUGUUAUCGAACUGGCAACGCAUGGAACUAUGGGAAGCACAUUAUGCAUCGUCCUACUUGCUCGUGAUACGCACACUCAGCUACCCAAGCUGUUCAUAUUCAAUCCACGCACCUUGAGGUGCCAUAUAAUAUACUCGUCAUUCAACUCAAAGAAUUCUGUCACCAGUAUGUCAAUGUCCUUGAAAAUACAGCUCCAGGACGACCAUCCAUCAUUACAGAAUUCAGAAACUAAAUCCUUUCAUUUACUCGCUCUGGGAACGGAUUCCGGCGCCGUGUUUCUGAUAAGACUAUGUCUUGGUACAUUUCAAACCAUCUCCAAAAUUCCAUGUAUCAUGGCACAAUGCAAAACUUCUUCAGUGGGGUCCAUUGCUGUGCAUGUCACGUCUCCUGUUAGCUCGGAUGCAUCUGUAUUUAUUCUUAUUGGCGGAAAUAAUGGUGAGAUAGAAGUCAUCACUUAUGAGCCGCAAGCCAACAGCGAUGAACAAGACUGCGGAACGCAUGGGACUAAAGUGAUUACGACAUUGUGGAAAAACAUGGCUGUCGUCAGCUUGAUGCUUAAGUCUGCUGAAGAAAAGUCAGAAGUCAUAUUGGUUGCCGGGCAAGGUUUUCGCAACGGCUCCGAGAUCACCAGGAGUGAAAUUCACAACCCAGCCGUAACUAUGCUGAAGCUGAAGCUUCCAACUUUUAAAAGCAUGGAAGUAUGGAAGGAAGAAUGUAGCGAUACAACGAAUGGAUCUGAGAAUAUGCAGGACUGUGAAUCUAGCUACGUUGGAUCCUUCUGCAUAUAUGAAACAAGUGACAAAGCAGUAGACAAGAAACUCAAGCUGUCUUCUAUAUCGUCGCUCAGGAGGAAGCAUGAAAUGGAAGUAAUUAGCUUUAAACAGUGGAACAUAUCUAGGAAUUAUGACGGUGUCACCAGCUGCCGUCAACAGACAGUUACCAAUGUCCCGGUGUUCCUCAAUGGAGCCGUAGCGGAUGCCUUUGGUAAAGUAGUCAUAUUGGCGGCGACAGAAUUGCAUACUCUCUAUACUACCGUCGCUCAACCAUCAAAAUCAGGAUAUGAAGGCAUCUCAGAGGGCGAUUACGACUUUUCAGGACUUGCAAGCAAACUUCGACGAGAGCUUUCCAAAAGAUACGAAAAGGCGUCACGCUCUUAUACUGAACGACGCAUUCAGAUGGGUUCGCCACUAAUAAUAGAUUUGUUGUUGGAGCAAAACGGAUACCAUGAGCAGUACCCCGUAUCGGAGCAUGUUUAUGAAAGAUAUUGCGAUACUAUCGACGGCUACUCAAGUACUUCAGGUCCAUUGCCUUGUUGUUCACAUAUACUACUGUACAUUAUACUGGACGCAUGUGGGAAAAAUGAAUUUGAAGCCUUCGCAAAGAAUAUCCAUUUGAACACGACUACAUCUCAAAUGAUUAUGGAUUACUGGGCAAUAGACAAUUUUCAAAUAGACAAACUGAAUGCCAUGAACAGCUCUGCGUACAUUAUUCUAUUCCCAACUCUUUAUAUCAAAGUCGUCAAAAUGCAAGUCUCCUUAUCAGCCGCAUUGAAACUAAUUGAAACAAACCAUAUUCCAAUACAAGAUAUUACUGAUGAGGAAGUACUAACUGCGUAUCUGUUGAAAUUGAAACCAAAAGAUGUGAUCCUAGAACUGAAUACAAUUUGUAAGACUUUGGAUCAAACAAAUAGACGCAGCGAAGUGCUAUGCAAGCUUUUAUACGAUUGGUUUGAAGUUGGAAACACGAAAGUCAAGCAAGUACAAUUAUUUUCUACACCUUUGAACGGUCAACUAGAGAGGGAGGUCGUUACGUACUGCUCUUCAACGAACCCUUCACCUUCAAAUCUGAAUUUUCUGUUCGCAUUUUAUUUAAAUCGCUACGAUUAUGCAUCAGCCAUGGACAUUCAUGAAAGACUGCAAAAAGAAGACAUGUCAAGCCUUGGCCAACAGCAGCGCAAAGUCAUGAUUGACUCGAUAACUGAACUGAUUCCUUCUAUUCAGAGGAGGAUAUGCAAGGUUCGCUCGGACAACCAUGGUAGUGUGCAAUCCACCCCAUUCUCAGCAAUUGUUUUCUCGCAAACAUCGGAAACUGAGCAGAGUAUGAUCUUGGAGCAGCUCGUUCGACAAACUCAACUGUUGAACUCCAAUGAUCCGCACAGCAACCCAUUUUCUGGCCCUCCCAAAAUGGUUAGAUGAGAUCUUUUGUCCAUGUAGAGCCUUACAUUAACAUAAGCAAACAACCACACAUAAAAAUAAUAAUAGAUGGAUGCGCGUUAGUCAGGAUAAAACAGUAUUAAUACAUAAACACGAUCCUCGU